AUGUUAUGCGUGUUGGUGCCAUAUCGUGACCGUGAGGCGGAACUACGAAUAUUCGUCUCUUAUAUAGCAGAUUUUCUCAAUAAACAAAAUGUUCUUCAUAAGAUAAUUGUUUUAAACCAGACGGAUGCAUUAAGGUUUAAUCGAGCAUCGCUGAUUAAUGUUGGGUGGUAUGAAGCAGAUCGAGUAGGAUGUGAUUACUUGGCUAUGCAUGAUGUCGAUCUUUUACCUUUAAAUCCACAAUUAGAUUAUUCAUAUCCAGGAAAAGGUAUCAUUCGACAUAUAUCUUCCCCAGAAUAUCAUCCAAAGUAUAAUUACACGAAAUUUGUUGGUGGUAUUUUACUUUUGACAAUGUCUGAUUAUAAGGUAGUGAAUGGCAUGUCAAAUAAGUACUGGGGAUGGGGUCUUGAAGACGACGAAUUUUAUCUUCGUUUAAGAGAUGCAAAUUUGCUGUCAUCUAUGCAAAGACCGAUGAAUUUAACUACAAACCGUUCCAAUACUUUUCGUCACAUACACGAUCCAAAAAUGCGAAAGAGAGAUUUCAAAAAAUACGGGAAUCAAAAGCAGAUAAGCUUUAACUACAUUAUUCUAAGAAUCCUCGAGAGGAUUACUCUCUGUCUCUUUGUUGUUUUUUUGUUACCAAAUGCAAUUUAA